AUGUCCAAAUUAAAAAAUGACUAUCAAUAAUUUCAUAAUGAAAUCAUGAGGGUUAAAGCUCAAUAACAAGUAUUUUAACAGACAAUAGCUAAAUUUAUGACAUAAAAUGAUUAUUUAAUCAAUUAAAACUCCUUAUUAUGGCAAGUAUAUCAAAUUAUAGAGCAUAUUUAAGGAAAUUUACAAAAUUAGAGACGUUGAUGAUAAAAAGAUAGAGAACUUCUCUUAUCUAUUGACUACAUUAAUAAUUACUAUUAAUUAGUAUUCACAAAACUUUCUACUUCCAAGCCAACAGUCUUCCUCCUAUCAGACUUCAUCUUCUGAUAUCAGUAUAUCACAAUAGAAUUAUCAAAGCAAUUAUUCAGAUCAAUCUAUUAGUUUCUCACAGUAAUCAAACCAAAGUAUUAAAUAACUUAUUUAUAAUAUAGGACUAAUGUAAUAGACAGGGCUAAGAUAACCACAACUAUUAUUUCCUAGUAUUUAUUGUUAUUAAAUUUAGAUAAAUAAGAUAUAUCAUUAUUUGAUUAAGGAUUGACUAAAAAAAAUUAAGAUUCAUUUAAAUCCCUUGAAUUUGAUGCUUUUUAAAAUGGUCUAGCUUUUUAUUAAAGUAUAAAAUAUGUAAUUAAUAGAAUUAAUGGACUUAUAGUAGUAGUAAAAAUUACAAGAAAUGUAGGAAGGCCAAAGCAAGUUGUUAAUAAAAUAAAGAAAGUGA